UACUUUUGGGAGUGGGAUCUCUCCUUGACACAAGUUUCUGGGAAGAGUAAAAGGGGCACGCGAACCUGCUUUAAUGAAUCCCGUAAGGAACUGCGUUUCCCAGGAAAUUCCUGACAUUUUUAGCUCAUGAAUUUCCGAAAGCCUGCUUGGUUUUCUCCUCCAUUCUGGGUCCUUCCAGAAAGGAAGAAGAGUGGGCUAGGGUCUGAAUGCUUACAGGGCCUGGUUCAUCCGCAGAGCUGGCCAGCAACCCAGGCUGGGCUCAGCCCUGAGCAGGGUGCCCCCCUUCCCCAAAUCUCAGAAGGAGGAGGGGGAGGCGGGCGGGCAAGCAGUCAGUCGUGGUCCCAAGGGGGACUGGCUGCAGGUUUUUGGGUAAGUGUGGAGUUUCUUUUUGAUUGUUGCAUGUGGGGAAGGGCAGAGUCGACGGGAACAGUCACUGCGGGCACCCUAGCCCUGGUGCGUCUACUGUCCUCUGCUCGGCUCCCCCCAUCGAUCUCGCGAGAGUGGCUGACUGGCUGUGGGGGUUGCGGCGGCAGCAGGCGGAGCCGGGGAGGGAAAGCAGCGGCGGCUGAGGCGACUGAGGCGGCGGGCGGAGCGGCAGGCGGCGGCGGCGCGGCAGCGGAGCGCAGCAUCAUGGCGGACCGAGACAGCGGCAGCGAGCAGGGUGGUGCGGCGCUGGGCUCGGGCGGCUCCCUGGGGCACCCCGGCUCGGGCUCAGGCUCCGGCGGGGGCGGUGGUGGCGGCGGGGGCGGCGGCGGCAGUGGCGGCGGCGGCGGCGGGGCCCCAGGGGGGCUGCAGCACGAGACGCAGGAGCUGGCCUCCAAGCGGGUGGACAUCCAGAACAAGCGCUUCUACCUGGACGUGAAGCAGAACGCCAAGGGCCGCUUCCUGAAGAUCGCCGAGGUGGGCGCGGGCGGCAACAAGAGCCGCCUUACUCUCUCCAUGUCAGUGGCCGUGGAGUUCCGCGACUACCUGGGCGACUUCAUCGAGCACUACGCGCAGCUGGGCCCCAGCCAGCCGCCGGACCUGGCCCAGGCGCAGGACGAGCCGCGCCGGGCGCUCAAAAGCGAGUUCCUGGUGCGCGAGAACCGCAAGUACUACAUGGAUCUCAAGGAGAACCAGCGCGGCCGCUUCCUGCGCAUCCGCCAGACGGUCAACCGGGGGCCUGGCCUGGGCUCCACGCAGGGCCAGACCAUUGCGCUGCCCGCGCAGGGGCUCAUCGAGUUCCGUGACGCUCUGGCCAAGCUCAUCGACGACUACGGAGUGGAGGAGGAGCCGGCCGAGCUGCCCGAGGGCACCUCCUUGACUGUGGACAACAAGCGCUUCUUCUUCGAUGUGGGCUCCAACAAGUACGGCGUGUUUAUGCGAGUGAGCGAGGUGAAGCCCACCUAUCGCAACUCCAUCACCGUGCCCUACAAGGUGUGGGCCAAGUUCGGACACACCUUCUGCAAGUACUCGGAGGAGAUGAAGAAGAUUCAAGAGAAGCAGAGGGAGAAGCGGGCUGCCUGUGAGCAGCUUCACCAGCAGCAACAGCAGCAGCAGGAGGAGACCGCCGCUGCCACCCUGCUACUGCAGGGUGAGGAAGAAGGGGAAGAAGAUUGAUCAAACUGAAUGAAACCCCCACACACACACAUGCAUACACACACACACACACAGCCACACACACAGAAAAUAUACUGUAAAGAAAGAGAGAAAAUAAAAAGUUAAAAAGUUAAAAAAAAAAAAAACCUGUUAACUCCAAGGGAGCACCACCCACAGAACCUCCACCAACUGACAGUUUCUCUUCUUGACUUGCCACCCAUCGCUGGAUGUUGUCCACUUUAUCCACCAUAUAAAACAGUAAGCAGCUGCUAAAAACAAAAAAAAUACAAAAAGUAAUAACAUUAUAUGAACUGUGUUUCCUACUUGAUUAAAAAAUAUAAAGAACUGAGUGUUUAUUUCCCUAAUUAACCAAGAACUUUUGUACACGUUUAAGCUAUUAUUAAAAAGUGUUUGCAAAAUGGUCAAGAUUAUAAUAUUGCUGAAUUAUAUAAAAGUCCUUUUCAUGUUGAGCUAACAUUUGACUUUAGCACAAAAAAGAGAUAUUUUAGAACACGUAAAAUAAUAUUUUUAGUUUUUCUCAUUUUGUUACCAAAUUUCAAACCUUACAUGGAGGUUAUUAUAGUAUAUUUGACACCCUAUAUACCUGUGAUUAGAGAUGUGUAUAUAUAUGAGGGCUAGGCAUGCUGUGUGUCUGAGCUUUGUCUAAAUGUUAUGCAGAAGUUUGUAGAGUUAAAGGUACGUAGGUUUAAUUCAUGCAAGGUAAACAAUAAGUGCUCUCUUUUAUACAAUAUGCAUUGCAUCUGGACCUUAAACUUAUAAAAAUGGUCAGUGAAACUUCUGUGAACAUGAAGAAAUUAUUAAAAAAGGCAUUUAAAUGAAAUUUGCUAAGUUGUGAUUUUUAUGGUUGGAACCAAAGUUAUUCAAAUAGUAAAAGGAAAAAGAAAGAAAAAGGAGAUCUCCCAUAAUAUUUUUCUGCAUCUGUUUGCUUUGACUGAGUAGGCGUUUUGUCAUUAUUGUGUAUAUGAGAUGUACUUGUAUCGUUCAUAAUAUAUUUUUUUUAUUAUGUGUAGAAAGAUUUUAAAAAACUAACGUGCAGCAAUUUCCAGUGAACCUGUACUUGGACAUCAGGUAGUGAGUCUAUUUGUGGUCACUAGCACUGUCUCCUAAACUUGUAAGAGGUCUGAAGCUAUUCUUUGAUUUUUGCUAGUGCUAUUAACUUAUGUAGACCUGUUAAAAAGCAGAGCAACACAAUUAUAGUUAUCCUACUGAGCCAUGGAUUCUGAGUUUUGUUUUAAAAGUGAAAGCCAAGUUGGUGUAUGUAAAGGAUUUCCAUGUAGCUGUGGUGCUAGUUAUUACUGGCUACAUUAUACGCUAAGUGUAUUUGUGUUCCCCAAGUGUACAAGCCUUCUAUCAAAAGUAUGUUCUAUAACUCAUAUAUUCAAGGUGUAGGGUAUGAAAAUGCAAAGUUUAGGAGAGCACUUUACCAAGUUGGUGUCCUCCAAACUGAAAUUGUUUGUAACGAUAGUCUUUUACAGGUUUUCCUUUAAAGAUGUUUGUGUGCUUUUAAUUGACAACUAACUUCUUGCUGCUGUAUAGUAAAAUAUUAAUAUAUUUUUAUCAUUAAACUGCUGCAUGACUAUCAUCUUUGAGUGAAGAGAAAAUGUUAUAAAAAAGAUGCCUUAAACAGUACAUUUUGGUUUGGAAUUCUGUAGAAAGUAUUUUGGUAAAAAAAAAAAAAAAAAAAAAGGGUCUUGUCUGACAGAGAGUUCUGGGGAUGGAAUUGUUUCUUGGCAAAUCCAGCCAUAUAGAUCUAACUGCUGUAUGUAUAAGACACCACCUGUAGGAGCGGGAAGGUAUCAGUGCUUCUUAUAUUGUAAAGCAUUGGCCUAGGAAGGCAAACAGUUGUCUUUUUGAAGGAUUUUUUUCUGCUGGUCCUUUGGGUUUUGAUUUGAUAUUUUUAUGCUCCCUGGUUGAGUGUGUUGUCUUCGUUUUUGAGAUCUACUGUAUGUGUUGAAUAACAAGCUAUUUUCAUUGUACUGUGCAUUUUCCCAUUAAAUUGUUUGCUUUUAAUAUUCAAUGUUAAAUAUGAGGUGACCGUACAGUAGUUAGGAGUUUCUUUACUUACAAAAUCACUGGAAAUGAUUAAAUUGCUUUUCCCCCUCCCCAGAGGUGCAUUUUUCUUAUUUCCAUAUAGUAAAGUUGAGCUUUUACAGUGCAUAAUGUGACAUUUGGAAUGCUUAUCAACUGCAUGUAAACAUUAAUAACCUGCACUUUUUUGUCUUAAGGUUUGUUGAGCUGUUUUGUUCACUGUACUUUAACUGUGAUAUGGAAAAGACUGCAUUCUCUGUGCUGUUACUAAUUAGGAAAGAGAAUUGCUUUGAUUUUGUCUCUUGUUUACUAUAGCUUCUUAAAGUUAAGCCUUGUACUACAGGUUGUUGGAGUACUCCUAGAUCACUGUUUCAUAGUAGCCAGCAAUAAGUAGUGCAAGUCAACAAAAACACAGCAAACUUAGGCAAAGUGUCCUUUCUUUGAGAUGCGAGUUCUUUCAUGAGGUUUUCUUUAGGGCCAGAGUUACCUAAAGUGAAGCCUUUCUUACCUAUAGACUUCAGAUUCUGCUUGGAAUCCCACCGGCUCAAGAAGCACAUGUAUUGUGCAGUUGUCUUUACACUAAAACAGUUUAAUACAAUCUAACUACGAUUUUGAAACCAGUGUCUGAUUUAUGGUCAGUGGGUUUAAAAAGAAAUCCACAUGCAGAUCUUUUAAGACUUAAAAAGUGAUCAUAGAAAAGACUAAGUGACUGUAAAGAUGCUCUUUUUUUUAAGCAUCUCACUUUACCUCCCCAAGCACCCUCCCAAACCUUGUCUUCCCUCUUCUGUUGCAUCCUUUCCCUACCCUUCCCUCCCAGGUGCUCGGUACUUUACCAAGUUUCUAUAUAUCAGUGUUUUAUGUUGGAAUUUUUCCUUGUUUUUAUUUUACUAGUUGGUAAACCCUGUUUAUGCUGAAACAAAUAAGGAAAUGGUAUAUUUGACCAUAUGUGUUAUUCAUAGAAGACAGUAUGAUCAAAUGUGCCAAAAACAAGCAAACAAAACUUAAUUCCUGAGAAGUAUGCCUUAUUUUUAUUGAUCUGCUUUGUCUUACAAUUAAGGUCCAAGAGCUUGGUUAAACUGUAUUAUUUGCCUAAGUAUAAAAGAAAACUUGAACUGCAUUGCAAUAUUGACGUUCUUUAAAAUGAGAGACACUGUCAAGUAAUUUAAUCCAGAGAUCAGCCACCAGAUUUGAAAUGCUUAUGUAUGUGUGUGUGUUUGGAGCUGUUUUUUCCUUUAAAUCACCAAAUUUUUUUUAAGCUACUUUUUAUUUGUGCCUCCUAUUUAUCAUGCUGAUGUUAGAAGCAGCAGUCAUCCAGCCACAGAGGGAGCUAAAGUUAACUAACCAGAACUGUAGAAAUCAUUAUACAUGCCUUUGACAACAAAGGAAGUUCAUAAGAAAAGCCAUGUCGGCUUUUCCUCUACUAGAUACAGAUUGGAGGUAGAUGAAUAUUUGCCAAAUGGAAAAAAAGACAAUGCUAGUCAGAAAAGACAAACUGUUUUCCAGCUUCUCAAAAAGCCAUGGAGAGUAGAAACCAAAACCAACAGGGAAAUAAAAAACCUUGAAAGUCUCACUUUCUAGUUGUCCCAUGCAGGGGUUGAAAUUUGAUUCCAAGUGGAAAGUAUAUUAUGUUUUUUCAGGCCUUCACAUCUAGAUAGAUGGAUAACUUCCAAUUUGAUUUUUCAGGUAAUAGAGAAAGCUGCUAGUAAUUUUAACCCCUGCCUAAAGAAGACAGAUACUUCAUUUGGGAGCAAAUACUUAUUGCCUUGAAAAGUAGCACUGUAAUAGCCUAUGAUAAUUAGUUGUAGAAUAACCUUUAUCCCUUUCAAACUAUGCAAAUUAUUAAAUAAGUGUAAAUUAGGAUUCAAUUAAAGAUAGUUGAUUAUAUUGCAAUCAGAUGGCAUUCACAAACUUAACUGGAGCAUAUACAAAUAUAUUAGUCUAAGUUUUGUAUGCUAACAGAAAGAUAUAAUUUAGCUACCUAUUCUAAAAAUGGUGAAUAUUAUUAAUAUUGUAUAAUAGGAGUGGGAAGACUGCCUCCUUUUUUGAAGAGAGAGAUUAAGGAUUUUUAUAAUUGUUUUUCAUCAAAUUUUAAUAUUUUUGUCAAAUUUUUAGGUAUUUAAUUUGUAAAACAGUUUGCUUUGUACUGGCAUACAGAAAAUAGGGUAUUGAUUUUAAACUUUUUGAAGCCAAGUGAUCAAGUACAUUUGUAAUAAAAGUCAAUGGAUCUAUAUCAGUUGUACUCACUGUUUUCAUUUCUUAUUAAUAUAGGGAUGCUGUACUUUUUCUUAAGGAAAACAAUUAAAUUUGGGUGGAAGGGAGGGGGAAAAGAUAAAUCCGUUGAUAAUGAGAAUCUGGGUGGGUAUCAUGGCCCAAGCACUUUAUAUCAUUUUUUAAGUCAGUUAAGAUUUGAUAUAUUUUAAAAGAUACUAUGUCAACUUUUUUCUUCCUAUUUUCUUAUGUAACUUGACGUUUGGGGGGAUUAUCUCAUUCAUUUUUGUUUGUGUGCUUUUAACAUUUUGUGUUUUGGCCCUGUUGAAACUUUCUAAACACAUUUUUCUUUUAUGACAUUUUGGGUUAUCUGCUAGACCUGGUGACCCCACCGUAUGGGCAUGAUUAUUUUUAUCUUCCGCACAUGGUUCACCUUCUUGUCUACAAUAUUCCCACUCAUUUUUUCAGGUUAUAUAUACACACACAUUUCCAGAUAAUUUUAGAAUGGGGCUAUCUGAAAUUGAUGGUCUAGUAGCUUUCAUAGCUCCACAAUUCAUUUUAUUUUACAUGUGAACAUAAUUUUAAGAUUUUCUUCACCAUAAAAAGUGAGAUACCAAGUCUAAUGACUUUUUUCCCUUUUUAAAAUCUUCUGAGUAUCAGAAUGAGACCUUGCUAUCUACGUAAAAGGAUGCUAAAACAAGGGCAUCUGUAGCAACUUAGAUUUGGAAUAGUUGGUGAUGACUCUGAGUAUAACAUUUAUAGUUUAUUAUCCCUAAAUUUGAAUAUCUUCAUAAUUUGGAGAGAGAUGUAUACACACACAUACACAUAUAUGUGUAUAUAUACAUUGUGUGUGUGUAUAUGUAUAUAGAUAACACACACAUCUCCUUGAGAGUGGAGUAAGUAGGAGAGAUAAUUUAUUGGAAUUGCUUACAUAGAUAAAUUCACCAAAGUUAUUUGUGUAGAUUUGUUAAAGUGUAUCAAUUUUUAAAUCACAAUAUUUCUGUUUUCUUCAUUGCAUAUUAACCACAUUUUGGCCAUUCAUAAGUAUGCUAUAAAACUAAAGUGAUCACUGCUAUUCACGAAUUAUUAUAGAAUCUUCUUUGCAGAUUUUGUGAUACAUUAAGAAAAGCUGAUUUUAAUAUUAAUAUUUAAGAAGUUAUUUGAUCCUAAAAACCUAAAUUUAAGGUAUAGGCCAUUUGACACGUCCUUUUUGAACAGAAAUUUCAUUACAGGCUAAGUGAAAAUAAGCCAGAGUUAGCAUGAGUCAGGUAGAAUUUCAUGAUAAAAGAACAACCAGAUGAAAAAAGAAAGAAUGAUUGGUUUCAAGCCAAUGAAUCUGCUAAGCUAACUACCAAGUUUUGAUGUUGAAUGGUCCAGGCAAUUUAUGUCUUUAGGAAAGCUGAGUGUGGCAAAGGUCACUUGUUAACAUUUUUAUUAACAAGAAUGUCAUAACUACUCAUUCAUUUUUAUUUUGUCCCCACGUUUGGUAUUUGUUUUGUUUUGUGUUUUUCCUUCCUGAUGUCCUUUGCUUUUGUGGAAAAUUGUCCUGUUGAUAGGCAGAAACAUGGUGGUGAUCCUCUAUGUAAAAUAUAGUUGCUUCUUACACAUCAGAAGUAUUUCACUCAUUUUGGAAUCACAGGAUUUUCAUGUUUUCAUAAAUACACACAUUGUUUUGAUAAUGAUUAGCAAUUAGCUUAUUUUGUAGCAUUAGAUGGAAAAAUGUUUAAGCUAAAGAGUUUAAUUUUCUUGAUUUUGGUUCCACUUUAAUAAUUCAAGAGGCCUCCAAGUUCAAGGACCAAGUCCUUAUAUUCUAGAAUUGUGAAAAACAUGGAAAUACUCUUGUUAGUGUGUGUUUUGGUCUAAGGUAGAUUAUUAACACAGAAGGAUCCUAGGAGGAUUUAAGAAAAUAUGUCCUUAUCGUGAAGUGGCAGUUAAAGUUAUGGGACAGGUGAAUUACCUAUUCAUCUUGACUAGCUCAAACAAUGAUAGCCAUGAGCUAAUGACUUAUCAGACACAUAUUGAGUUUGGGUCAAACUCCCAUUCAGCUGGAGUGGAUUGGCAAUUUUAAAUGCAGGUAGUUGUUGGUGGUACUUGACCUACCUCCUUACCAUGUACAUCUGGCAUCUUCUCUCUCCUAUCCUUUUUCUUUGUUUCUCUCUCCACUUUUAUUCUUGCUGUAGGCCUACCAGUGGCACUCAAGCUUACUUCUUCAGAGAGAAGUAAAGAAAUUUCUGACUCCUGCCUUAGAACAUAGCUAACUGAUGAUCCAGAACAAUUUCAGUAUUAUGAGGUAACUGGGCAGUUUUUUUCCGAUUGCUAUUUUCCCCAUAGUCUUAAGCUGGCAGUUUGAAGGUAUCUAAAUUAAUGUUAAGAAACUUGUGAACUGAAGAGAGUAAGAAGUAUGUGUAUUUUAGGUAAGUUACUGGGAACUGAGACUUACUGUUUUGGAAAUUGGAGAGUAGGACGAGGAGAGCUGUUUAAUGUGUUUGUGGAUGGGGGUUUGAGAGGUAUAUAGGGAAUGGUUUGGAAAUAAAGUGAGAGGAAUUUUUACUAGAGGUAGGAAAAGGUACUAUGAUGGAGUCUGAAUGAGAGUUAUUUGCUAAGGAAAUGAAGUUGAUCUUCACUAAGGAAGUUUCAAUAAAGCCAGAGAAAAUGGGUCCCUCAUUGAUUAUGAGAAAGCUGUUAGUUACUAUAGCUAGAGUUAUGAUAAUGAUCAUGCAUUAUACAAGUCUGUUUUCAUGUAUAGGAUGUCUGCUUUUCUGGGACAAAUUAAGUAGCACAAUUGUGGAAUGACAGCUUUUCUGGUCAAGGCAAGUGGAUGCUGGGGAGUUAUUAUUUUGAGGAAAAGAAAAUUUCAAGCUUUUCACCAUUAUUCUUUUUAAACUAUCAGAAAUAUUUAUCACACAUACUAUCUAUUUUCUUGGGCUCUUGUUACAAUGUAGUUUACCUUUACUUUUCAAAUGGUCCUUAGAUCAAAUUAUUUGAUUCUGUACUCCACAAAGACACAUAUUAUUCCUUGCUUUUAUAGAAUUUUGAGACUUUGGCCCACACAAAUUUCUUAGAAGACAAUAAACCAGGUAAAAACACUAACUUGCAAUUUUAGGUGUCUUUUUUAUUUCUUUUACAUUUGCAUCCAUAGCAACCAUUUAACCUUGUAGACCUUAUGAGGCCCUCAAUAAUACUGUAUUUCUAAAAUUAGACAACAUACCCCCCAAACUUAUGUUUCUGUUUCCCUACUUUCUCUCUUACUUUAAAAUUGUAGUAUUCCCAAGAGUUCAGUGGUGGCAAAUGUUAAUAAAAUAAGUUAGUACAUUUUGGAGGUUCUUAUAUCCUUUGUAGGGUAAGAUGAUAGUGUUUAGAUUUCUGUUCCCAUUAUUCCAGUAGUGUUUUAAAUUAUUUAAGAUAAAUAAUUACUGUAAUGUUUGUUUUUGAGUUACAUAAUUCAAGUAUGUUUGGAUUAACUCUUUGUUGUCAAAUUUAGUAUGGAUUUAUUCCUGGUGAUUUGGACAGAUUACUUUGAAGUUUCAUUUUACUCACAUCUCUAUAUAUUAGUGAUAAAAAUCUCUUUUAAAAAUAGCAAAAAAGUGGUUCUGAUUUUGUACUUUGAAGGUAAUUUUUCUUUUUUACGAAUGUCAAGUUCAUUAACAAUAGCAGGAUUAUUUUUACUAUAGCUUAUUUUGUAGAGUUGGCACUUUAGUAUAAUUUUCACAUUUUAUUGUGUCAGAUUUUAAAUUAUAAUAGUUAUAUACUAUAACUCAUUUAAGUCAAUGCAAAGCCUUCUUAAAUAGCCCCUCCCUUAGAAAUUUGUUUAAAAAGAAGUGAAUUCCCAAACCUGUGUCAAGAACUUGUGAUUUAAAUGACUGUGAGACAAGUCCUUGAAAGGCUUAAGUCUAGUCAGUGGAGAUAAAUGAUAGCCCAUUUCCAUGCUGCAUAUAGUUGUUAGGGUUUAUAAAGUUGUCAAUGUGUAAAAGUGCAAAAGCAGGAAAGACUAAAGUUGCCUGUAAAAUUUCUAGUUUUCAUUAUUUGCACUAUUUAUCUUUGCACUUAAUUUUUUGAAAGUUAAGGCUAGUCACUUUCACUUUUGUUUCUAGUCUUUUCUAAUUUCUUGCAGAAUUGUGUUUUCAAUAUCCCACCCAAAGCAAAAAUUAUAUGCAAUUAAAAAUAUUUUAUAAGGCCAAGAAAAUAUUUCUUAAUGUUAGCUGUAUAAAACAAAAAUUUGUUCUGAUAAAAUUUUUAAUAUGGGCCUUUAUUUGCCAAUAAAAUCCUUUGUAAAUGUGAGCUUUAUUAAACUGUUUAAAUAGACAAAGUUAAAGCUUAGGAUAGGGAAUAUAUAUGUAUGUGUAUAUGAAAUGAUGUCUUCGAGUUUUAACUUCCAGCCUGAGAUGGCCUAGAUUUGGUGUGUUAGUUUGUUUCACUGAAGUCAGUGAGAUAGGAGUCUAGCUGGGUACAUGCUUAAAAAGCUGGAAGUGAAGUGGGUGGCAAGUGGCAGCUCCCUCUUUCAUGUAGUUUUCCAUAAUGUUCAUAUAGUUUCCUUAUGGUCUAAGUGUUACAACUGGUUUUCAAGUUGUUAUAUUGAAUAUUCCUUUUUGGAAUUCAGGGUUGAAUCACUUUGAGGGGGAAGGGAAGCAAGGGCAAGAGACUUUAUUUUAACCAGAUGCGGUCUUAUGACCUCAAAGAUGUGCUCUAGAAAGAAAAUAACAAAAAGUGUACCUGUGAACAUAUUUUUUGUCUUUGUGAUAUUAUGCAACACAGUGUUCAGAAUUGCAAAAAAAUUUAAAAAUUGAUAGUUUUGUCAAUGGAACAGAGAGAUGUGUUUUUGGCUAAAAUUAUUUUUUGUAAGUUAUUUGGUUAUUUCAUUUUAUAUUCCCUUUUCCCAUAGCUUUGUACACACCUCAUACUUAAAACCAAGUGAGAGGCCUCUUUUCAGAUCUGGUUUAUUUUUGGAAUGCCUGAGUGUGUUUCCAGACUUGGGGGGGGGAGGUGGUGUUUUACUUUUUGACAUGCUAAGAGCAUGUUUUGCUAGUCAUUCUGGAUCUUAUGUUUGCAAAUUCUGUUGAACAUUCAGUGAUGUAUUUGAAAUGAGAAAGUCCUUUAUAACAUAGUGUGAAUGUUUGUGGCCAAUUCAAUUGUGGAAUCUUAUGGCUUUGUUUUUACUUUGGGUAGAAGUUUAACUUCCAUUGUUCAGAUUUUAGGUUUAUCUAGUGAAAUUGUGCCAGGUAGUUGUCUAAAUAUGGACCAAUUUGGGGAAAUGAAGAUUAAUAAGUGUAUAUUUGAUUCUAGAUAAUCCUUUACUCAAAAUCAUAAGUUAAAAGAUUGACAUCAUUAAGAGUUAUCUAACUUUUAUGUUGUCAAAUCUUUAAAUGUGGAUGAUAUUCAGCAUUCUAUCUAUGAAUUUCCUUUAGGAAAAGAGAAAAAUUCAGUCUCCAAACCUUUUCUUGGAGACAAAAUUUACCACAUAUCGAAAAUGAAAAAAAUUUAGAAAGCAAUUUGAUUAUUUUUUGAUGGAGUUUAACCAGCUUAAUUAAUGAUUUUUCCCAGUUUGAAGCACUUAUUUUCCCAAUGUGAAUAAAGGGAAAAGAUCAGCAAUUUGUCCCUGGCCUUUUUCGAGGCCAUUUUUAGUUUUCUGCCCCCAUUUCCCAGUCCUGGUAUAAAAUGAAUUACGGGUAUCCCUCUAAGUCCCUAUAACCCUUUUUGGGGGUCACAGAUAUCUUUGAUAAUCUGAUGACAGUAUGAUGGAUCCUCUACCCAGGGAAAAAAAAAAUGCACAUACCUGGAUAAUUUUGCAUACAACUUCAGGGGCAUCACACAUCUUCUGAAACCCAAGUUAAAGAUCUCUGCUCUAAGUAAAUUGUAGAGAAUUUUAGUGCAAAUCGUUGAUAAAAUUAGGAACCAACUAUUGGCUUAAAACCUUUCAUAUUGGGAUUAUUGUUAGAUGGUGGCCCCUACUAGCAAAAUGUGACAUUGCAACCAGCUUCGUUAGACAUUAUAACAUCCAGAGAGAAGGGAAAAAAGCAAAGUUCUGAAAGCUAUUUAUAAGGAGUCAGGGCAUCUCUAGACAUGGGAGCCUUCCUGGUUCAAGGCAGGGGUCAGGGUGCCUGACAAUUUCUAGCAGGGUAGAGUUUGAUAAACCACAAUGCUCAGGAUGCCAAGGGGUUAGCCAUUAUCUUAACCCCUUCCUCACCAAAAGAUUUUAGUUUUGUCUGUUGGGAAACAAGAUGUCACUAGGGAAAAAAAGAUUUGCCUUACAACUUUGCUGGAACACAUCAGUUUGGUGACGUUGGGACACUAGUGUUAUUUUUGAGAAGGCGCAUAAAACCAAAGUAAAUUAUUCUCUAUGUAGAACAUUUAUUUACUAGUAACAUUUGUUUGCGUGUAUACGCUUUGACAAUUUUUACCAGUAAAUAUUGGUUUUAUUUAAAACUGGGAAUCCAGUUGAUAUAUAGGAUAGUUGAUAUAUCUGUUCUUUCCCCCAUGUAAAGCAUAGUUAAAAGAUUUAUGCAUACUUUUUACUUUUCUCUCUUAAUGCCAUGGGGUGGGGAGGGUGGGUGGGGGAAAGAUUUUUGAGUCUACAACUGACAAAAUGUCUUCUUCAAAUUAAAAAAAAUUGAGAAGCAGCACUUUAAGUCUAACUCUACACCAUUUUAUUGCAUGUAUUAGUUUUAUUAAUGAUUUUUGGUGCAUGCCUUUGGGCUUAUUCAAAAGUGUACAAUAGGAAAGUAUAUUUCCUUUCUUAGAAAGGAGAUGUUUUCUACUUUGCAACAUGUGAUUACAAAAAUCUUCCUCUGUGGGAAGAUUAACCAUGUAUUGAACUACUGAAAAGUAUAUAUUUUUAGAUAUACAGAAGGAAUCUACAUGGAGCAGCAUUCAGACCUAUAUAGAAGUCAUAGCAUUCUGUAUAGGACCAAAAAGGAAAUAACAUUAAACACUUAAACAGACGUUGUUGGGUAGAAAUACCUUUAGAUCUUGCAUUUACUUCCAAAAAGAAAAAAUGCCACAGAAGUUUGCUGAAAACUUUUGUCGUUUGAAUUUUCUCUGUCAGUGUAUUUAGCCCAAAUACAACAGCUUUGGGUUAGCACACACAUAAGAAUCAAAAAAACAAAGCUCACUAAAUAAAUCAGUCUGGUUUGCCAAUCCAGCUUGACUGAAAUAAGUAAACCAAUCACUUGCAACAUGAAAAACUGUCCAACUCCUCUAAGGUUCUGACAAAAUAACCUUGGCUGAUGUGGGAAGACUCCCACUUUGAUUACUGACCUGACAGUGAAGAUUCACGCUUGACAUGAUUUCAGACUUGACAAUGUCUGUUUAAGGAGCUAUGGUACAGUUUGCUAAUUCAAUCCCAGAUACCUGUUGAUUACCUGUGAGAUCUAGAGUCCAAAGUAGCCAGCAGCCAUAUCCCUGAGUGCUCUGUGCCCAUCAGAUAUCUUAAAGUAAGCAGGGUUGGGACAGGUCACAGCUUGGAUGAUUGACCUCAGGUGCCGUAGACAGCCCCAGAUUCAAGAAUUGUAUCUGCUUUCUUGGCAGUCGUCACUGAACUAAUGUCCCAUACUGUGUUACUUACUGUAGAUGCUCUCUUUUAGAGGAGGCCCAGAGCACACAUCCUAAUCGCUAGCGGUACUCAGAGAGGGGGUGCUAACUCUGAUGCCCUGGCCAAAUUCCAGUUUAGGGAUGUGGGUCUUCUUCUUGUCAUUCUAAUUGGAAAUGUGCAUCACUUCCCAUUUUUCUUACUGAUCUCAGUGCAAACUACACUAGUCUGUUUCUUUGCCCUGGUCUCAAGUCUCUAAGACGCUGGUGUGUAUUAUAUGGGCUAAGUUCAUGUGUUAUCCUAAGGCACAAGAGUUGAGGAAUGGGUGAGCUUGGUGUCAGAGCGCUGUGUGGUUGGAGAGUGGACUCUUGUGAUGCUGUGGGGAUGAAAUUGGCCCUCUUUUAGCAUAAGUUGGGGAGUGUGCACUGGCUGGAGGCUUCCAGAGGCUUCCAGCCAUGAGGUGUGAGCUGAAACCAAUUUUUCCUCUUUCCUUAUAGCAUGUUGAGAAAAUCUGUUGGGUUUUCAGCAGUCAGGGAAGGCCGGAGUUCUGCUUUAAUCUGGGUAACUGAGGCUAAUGUGAGCAAGACUUUGGUUAAUUAACUGGGUUCUCAGAUGCCACAGACUCCGUGAGAAGUCACCAUUAUUUUCAAUGGUUGUGAUAGAAUUUCCCCCAGUAGCCAUUAUUUUAAGAUUAUAUUGCAGAGUUGCUUUAUUUUGAGCUUUUUGUGUAUACACAAUCCCAAACUGGAAGAAAUUUUAAAAAAAGGAAUCCUGCUGUGAAAGGUAUAUAUUACUCUAGAUUUUUCUUACUGUAAAUAUUGUAAGAUUGUAAUACUGUCGAUAUUUUAUUAACCAACAAAUGUUAAUCUAUGUGAAAUCAGACUUAUUUUAAAUGUGCUUCUUAUUUACUGUGUGUGGUCCCUGUUGCUGACAGUAUUAAGUUAUAUUCUGAUGUAAGAUUAACUUUAUUAAAGAAUGUAAACAUUAAUGUUUCCUUAUGGGAAAACAAAUAAAGUAUAAAGAAGACAAUUCUUUUCAUUGAAAUAUACUGUGUAUUUACACUUGCUAGACCCAGCACCACUUAUAAAUUUAGUACACUGUUCAGAAUUUUAGUUAACACAGCUGACAUGGUUGUGCUCUGUUUGAAAGUCUAAGAAUAGGUAUUGUUGGAAUAUACAGUUUGUAUUUGUCUGCUGUGAAUCAUAAUCUUGAAAUUUCUAAUCAAGUUUGUAAAAUUUUUAUAGUGAAACAUUUUAAUGACAAUUUAAAAAUUUAUCUUCUCUAAAGAAUUGUCAAAACAAUAUCCUUUCAGAAAUAGAAUUGUUCUUUAAUAUCUUUCCAAAAUGACUUUGGUUAAAUGGACCAGAUGUAUAUUAGUUAAAAUUUAGGACUAAGUUGUUGAUAUUCUUUGAGUUUACAAGUUAAUCCUUAUUGGAGAUGUGCCAAUAUACAGUUAGAAUAUCAUUAAUUUGCACUGUUUGGGGACCCCAUUUAAGAAUGCUGAAUUUUGCCAACUAAGAAGUAAGCAAAUGCAAUUUAAAAAGUAAAUUUGAGCAUUCUGUAUUAAAUAUGUGCAGUUAUUAUCACAUGAAGAAACGCAGUGUGUCGGGCUGUAAUAUUACCAUAUUUGCUGUCAUGUUCUCCCAUCUCAGUGCUGGGAACUCACCAUGUGGAAACCAAGCAAACGUGUUGUGCAUCAGCCGGCUUGAGUUUGUUCAAUAUCAAAGCUGAAAACUAGCGAGGUCUGCUGUACUGCUUAUUGAAGUAUUGUGAUUAUUUUAGGCAUUGAUUCUUACAAAAUAUAUACUGUAACAGUAUACUUUGUACAGAUUUAAAUUUUAUUUGAAAAAAUGAAAUAAAGUAGGCAAAAAAAUAAAGAUGUUUAUUUUUCA